AUGUCCAAUACAAAUCCCUCCAAUUCGGCCUUUGUGCCCGUUUUACCCUCACAUCGGAAUCCAUUGAGGGCGCCUGGCUCCCUCUAUGGCAGCAUGAUGGACGGCGAUCCCAAUAAGGACCCUAAGCGGGGUUCAAAUUUUGAAAUUAUGGCCAUGAUGGCCGAUAAACGUAAAGAGUUAGCUUUAAGAGAGGCGGCGGUGGCAGCAGCCAUGUUAAUGCCCCGACCAGGACAAGGUCCACCGCCAGGUGUACCAGGUUCGGUAAUGUAUCCUCCACCAUAUCUGGCUGGUCCAGGACCAUCUCCAACGGGAGCUGGCAGUUUUACAUUCCCCUCGGGUGCUGCUGCUCUGUUUCCACCCGGCCUGCCGCCUUCAAUGCAUGCUGGCCUGGAUCGGCGUCUGCUGAGAGCACCUGGACGUGCCUCGAGACCCAAAAAACAAUUCAUUUGUAAAUUUUGUAAUCGUCAAUUUACAAAGUCAUAUAAUUUGUUGAUACACGAACGCACCCAUACCGAUGAGCGGCCAUAUUCGUGUGAUAUAUGCGGCAAGGCUUUUAGGCGUCAAGACCAUUUGAGGGAUCAUAGAUACAUACAUUCCAAGGAAAAACCAUUCAAGUGUACCGAAUGCGGCAAGGGUUUCUGUCAAUCCCGCACACUGGCCGUCCACAAAAUUUUGCACAUGGAAGAGUCCCCACACAAAUGCCCUGUGUGUAGUCGCAGCUUUAAUCAGAGAUCGAAUUUGAAGACCCAUCUUCUAACCCACACCGAUCACAAGCCUUACGAAUGUAACUCCUGUGGCAAGGUGUUCCGACGUAAUUGCGAUCUACGACGUCAUACCCUCACCCAUGCUGUAGGUGAUGUACCCGGUGAAUAUGUUGAUGUGGUGGAGGAAGAAGAUGACAAUGGCCGCAAUUUAAGUGGUGACGAAGAGGAUUCUCUCCUGGAGGUGGAUUCACCUCGCAACUCACCCAUACAACGUCACGGCUCGCCGACCCAUGAUUUGGAUCAAGAUCACGAUGAGGAUGAUGAGUUGGAGGGGGAUCAACGCAUUUCCAUGGCGGAACGUUUAUCGCUGAAGCGCAAGGCACAAUUCGAUCGCGAAGCUUUGGAAGAUGAUUCUGAUGAUGAGCUGGCCGAAGAAAACGAAGACGAAGAGGAAGAUGUCAGUGAAAAAGAUCCGAAAGCAAAUAAUGUCAAACAAGAGGUGAUGGAAAAGGCCCAACGUAAAUCGGAAGAUGUGGUCGAUGGCCACAAUCAAUAUCAAGGGGUUACCCACUGUCAUCAUGAGGGUGGUACCCAAUACACAAUGAGGCCAAGCCAUGAGUUCCAACGUAAUGGUGAAGAAUCGGGUCUUAGUAAUCCAACGGGCCUCAAUCCACCACCACCGGAUUAUUUAAUGGCCAGCACCUCGGCUGGUAUGUCCGGAUAUAUGACAGGUACUCCUCUCACGGGGCAUGAUGGCAAUGACCCUUAUAUGCCCUUGCUGCAUGUACGCAGAGAUCUCCACAGCACCAAACCGGGUAUAAUGGCCCAUGGACCCACCGAUCUUAAAGUGCAAAUACAACCAAAUGGCAUACCACCAGGUGGCGCCACGUUACAGGGUGUCAUUAUGGACAAUGGAUCCAAGAGUCUGGGAACUCAACCACCGCAACAAACAGCGACGGCAUCGCCAUCCCAACCACCAUCUGCACCAUUACAUUCCCCUCACGAAGCAGUGCCAUCAUUCCUCGGAUCCAUACCCAUACGCAAAAGGGCUCUCGGCAUGGAAUUUGAACACAUGCAUGCCCAUGCCUUGGCCCAACGGCCACCACCGCCACCAUUUGCUUCGGCUGGUAAUAUGUAUGCCCUAAAUAUGUCUCGACCGCAUUUACAUGCCCUGCAAAGUGCAGCUGCUGCCGCCUCAGCUUUAAAAUUAACACCCAACACAGUUCCACCUACUCACUUAGGACCACCGCCGCCUCCACCGGGUAUGACCAAUAAACCAGGUCCCUAUCUGCCCACCAAUUAUCACAUACAAGUUGGCACCGGACCCGAAAAGGCAAUGGGGCCGAGUUUAUCAGAAUCCUAUAUGCAGCAACAUAUGAAUCGUAAUCUGCCCAUGGAAGGUAAUUCAUCAACAGCCAAUCAUGCGACAUCUGUGAAUUCCUCCUCCAACAGUUCUGCAGCUUCAUUAUCCUCACCAGUAGCGUCGACAGCAGGGACAUCUGCAGCAGCAUCAUCGUCGUCGUCCUCAUCAUCAUCAUCGGCAUCCUCAUCGGCACAUAGAAGUCAACAAUCGACAAUAGCGGAUCCUUCAAAUCAGGCUUCUGCUGCUCCACCACCACCCCCGGCUCCUGCUCCAGUGAAACGUACUACAGGUUUCAGCAUUGAAGAUAUAAUGAGACGCUAA